UCAUCCUCAUAGAUUUUUUUUUGAUCAAACUGUCCAUCCUUCAGAAGCUCAGCUAUCACUCAGAGAAGCUGCAAGCAUGCAUACAUCAAAAAACGAAUGGAGUGCGGCAUUAUCAUCAGCACAUGAAAACCUCCAAAAAGCCGGAACGAUACCCCAUGGGAUCUUUUCUUUGUAGGUAGAGACCACAGAUGGUGUCUGAGGUCCACUGUCACACACUGGACAAAUAUCCUACAGCGAUGGUCCCCCUCGAAUGCCUGUCCAACCACAGAUUUGGGGUUGAGUGGCUGCACAAAACCAUUAAAAUCUUGCCCCUUCUACUGACCUCAGCUAUAGUGGAACAGCCCUGGAGUCAGCAGCUCUGAUGUGUCAAACCACUUCCUACACAUGACAGCAUGCUCCGCCACACUGAGCAUUAAGUUUGAUUUCCUGGAUAAAAGCUACUAAUACCUGAACAGAGAGCAGCCUUUAUUCUCUCUUGCGGAGCCGUACAGCGAAACGACGAUUUGCUGACCAAAGAGCAAAGUCCUCGCUGCGCACACGGGGUGAUGCUCCCCACCGGUGUAACCAGGCAGUAGGCAGUUCCUGAGCUCGGUCGGCACCAGCUCAUCGCUUCUGAGAAACUUCACCAUCCUCAGUGUUGCGGAGAAAAGAUGUGAACAAGUCCCAUGGAGCUCAAGUGCCUUUUGAUGUGGCUCUUGUUUGGAUCCGUCAAGGGGAACAAGCCAGAAGCAUGCCCAGCUCUUCCAAGGACUGACUUUGCUGAUAUUGCUGCUGAAUCAUAUCCACUGGGGACCAAACUGUAUUAUGAAUGUGACGAUGGCUACACAAGAAGAAGUGGCCAGUACUUGGGAAUUCGGUGUCAGCGUACAGAAGAGGUUGCUACUUGGUCCUACACGGAAUUUCAAUGCAUUGAUAAGAAAAUUUUGUUGUCAACGGCUCCCACAAUGGAGUUAGAUUUUACACAGAAGCCAGCAAGAAAAACACAGAGCUCUGAACCCCAGAAGCGAGAAAACCUGUCAGAGCUUGACCACAAAGAUUUUUGUGGUCCUCCCAAGAGUAUUCCACAUGCCUCUUUAAGACUGAACAAACAAUAUUACAUAGGACAAGUAUUACAUUUCAAAUGCCAGAGUGGUUUUGAUAAGCGACCCCCCACCUCUGGCACCCGCACAUGCAAGAAGGUGAAUGACCAAAUCAUCUGGACCCCCCUUGACAUACAAUGCACCAAUGACAGCAGCUAUAGCGAUGAGUGGCCGCCACAGACUAUUGAGCCAGAUCCAUCUGUUUCCCUGUGGUGCCCGGUUCAGAGUGUUUCAGAUUCGACUCAUCCAUCCUCUUCCUCAUCUGUGAUACUGCCAGUGACAGCAGAGAAUACAGUAAGUGGGACGGAACCAGGAAAAUGUGAAAUCUAAAAAAAAAAAUCUCUAUCAGUGGAAGAGCUAUCAACUGGAUCAGCUAUCUCAGUAUUACACUGCUUAGAUUUCUUUCUUAAAUGAAUGGCCCUGGAUUUUGGGUUGUCUGGUUCAGCUAUUAAAUACCAGCACAAGAAAAGGAGGAACCAGAGCUUUUGAAAUCAAAAAGCACGCUUUAUCCCAGCCAUUGUGGAACUGAGAAUGGCAGUUCAAAUACUGGGUGGAAAAUGAAUCCCAUGGGGAAAUUAAGGUUAAUUAUGCAAAUAUAUUGGUUUCAGAUAGAUUACGCAAUCAGUCUUUCUCUUUCUGGCUAACCUGUGGGAAGUCUGGUGGAGCAUCUGCCACCAUGACCACGUAAUUCUUCUUCCUUCAUCCCCCUGAUUUCUCAGUCGUGUCAUGACAACUUUGUGCUUCAGACUUAUUUUAGUCUGGCCUCCUCACUGUUUCUAUUACUACACUGAGAUGCACGAAGGCUGUUACUGUUCACAGGCUCCCCAACCUAGUUAAUGCAAGAUGUCCCUAUUUGACAUUUGGGAGUUCUCCUUUUCUUCUCUCUCUUUGCUAAUCCUCAUUUCUCUUCAUGUUCCUUACUAAUUACUUAUGCGCUGUGCUUCUCUGCCGAAUGGGGAUUUUUCUCGAAAAGGAGAAGGACCUUGUGAAACCACAUCAGCAGUGCUUUUUUGCCGGUUCACGAUAGGAUAAAGCCAUAGAAAAUGUAGACAACACUUUGAAACAUGUUUUAGUGAGGAUGGUCAACCAUGGUGCAGAUUGCCUGGGCCAUUGUGGGAUUUCUGAGAAUAGUUUAGGUGAAAAAUUGGCAAGAAUGAUCUACAUUUCACUGGCCCUAUGGUGGAACAAGUGACAAAAUAGCCAAUACCAGAUGAAAUAGCAACUGAGAUCCUAAGUGGUGUCUUCUGCAAAACUUACUGUGUGAUUUCUCACAGUAAAUAUAGAAGAAGCCAUAGAAAACCUGCCUCUUCACAGCUGCAGUAAAGUCUUUUUCCUGCUGUAGAGAAGACUUCUCAGGGAAUUGCAGCGUUCAGAUCCAAACUCAUGAAAUCAAUGCCUUGCUACAGAAGAAAUCAGAUUGUACCAGCGACUCCAAGACCAGCAGUGGCAAACGAGGAGGAAGCCUGGACACUCAAAUCUAAUGCAUGAAGGAGGCAGAAAAUAUUACAGAUUAAUUCUUAUAGGGACAGAGGGACUUUCCACCUACGGAGUACGGGUAGAGGGAGUGCACCCCAUCACUGACAGAUGGGGAAGGAGCCCUGCCUGAAACUGCUUCCCAGAAACACUUCUCCUCCUGCUACCAUAUAGCAGAUGUAUUGCUAAUAUAACUGCAGCCUCUCAGAAAUGACCAUACAUAUGGUCACCCAAGCAUGUUAGAUGGUGGCACGGUCAUUACAGCCCACACACCACCUUCCCCACAAAGAGAGAUGCUGGACACCUGAUGUACCCCGUCCCUUCCCUACCGAGACAGGUCAAACGCAGUCACACUUUUCUCCUCCUCACACUGUUCUUCUUGGAAAAGGAAAUUAAACCCAUUUACCCUCUGCACAUAGGCUGAAAAUCUUACUGGAUUCCCUCAUGGUUCAGCACACACAUGCAUUCGUCAUCACCCCCCCUCUUCCCAAUUAUUUUGGACUAGCCCCUUCCACAACAGUUACUAUAUUAUUCCUCCAGCUCAGAAAAGGAUGUGGCAGAUCAUGAGAGUUGAUUAAUUUGACAGCUCCUUUCUUAGCUGCAGAGCACCAAAGAACCUACUGUAAAGGCAUUUGAGGACAGACUCAAACAUACACCAUACUUGAUGUGCACUUACUGGGAAUUUGUGAAGUUUUAAUGGCCUCCUGCUUCUUUUUAGCCAUAUUCAGGUUGAUAGGAUGGGGUUCGUCUGACAAAAUGCAAGCAUCUAUGUCUGAGGCAGACAAUGGGGAGGAACAACUGCCUUUAGAGAGCAGUUCAUCUCACCCUAUUGCCUAUACGUAUGCGGAUGUGCAUGUUUAUUUAUGCCACAUGCAUAUAUACACACACAGAUAUAUAGACAGAUAUAUACAGACCAAAUGACUCACGGUCUAAAGGCAUCUAUUUCUCUGCAUUGACUCUAAACAGUGCCCGGACUGACCAGAUUAGCUGUAGGAGCUUACAUGGUAUAUGACAAAGCAAAAUGGGAUGAAACCCUUCCUUAUAAUUCAGGAGAUACGAGAUCUUAGUGUAAUUUUCUGUUUUGUGAUAGUGUAUGUGUCAUUUUUUUAUUCAUUUGUAUUCCUGUUGAGUUAUUCUCACUCCAUAGCCUUGAUAUUUAUACUUCCAAUGGCUUUUUUUACUACUGUUGGAAUAGGACUUACUUGUACUACGUAUCUUUAUAAAGAUGGAUGUGUAGUGGUCUAUUACAUGCUGUUAUUUUGUAUGGGAGCAAACAACAAUCUGCAUUUACACAAUACAUGAUAGGUUUUCACACCCGUCAGCUGCUCUGAAGGCUGCAAGCAGUGCUACUAAGCUCUUCUGCUUCAUUUGGUUGAUGCACAUUACUUACUGCUAACAUACCUCUGUUAAGCGCUGUGGUUAGGUUGGCAUGGCUGGUCCUGCUCAGGGCAUUUCACUGGAGAAGGUUAGUAUUUCAUCUACUCCUAGCAUGCACAUUUUUAUGCAGAUAGCAAGAGCAGAGUCAUAUGUCUCCUACUGCUCCAGUGGUUUUUCCUCCUUUCCCUAGCCAGCUUGACUCAAGGGAUCUCAUCAUAUUUUGGUUUUGUUUCUUGGAAAUUAAGAGAGACACACUGCUGGUAAGGGACUUGCAAGCAAUAGUGGGUUACAGACUGGACAACUAUUAUGGGUUUUAAUUUUCCUAGCUGUUAAUGUCUACAUUGAGAGUCCGAACCUGAGUCACCUCCAGCACGGGAGCUGUACACGUACUUUAUCUCAAUUGAUCCGUACUUCACCUCUCGGUAGGUCUUGUGGGCCCUGAGUGGACAUGUUUAUGUCUGAGACUUGAACCUUCAAUACAACAGGCAGAGAGCAAGUAGAAAUCAGUAGGACCCAGCCUGGUAGCAAAACGGCACUACUGGAAGAGGUUGUGGCCAAAGGGACACCAUCGCCGUUGUGCUUUCUCCAUGGCUGCUCUUGCUCAUUUUACAUGAGAUGUGGUGGUUGAUACUUUUAUUUUGUAGACUUUGAUUUUCUCAGCAUUGAACAACUAAUAAACUGUAAAAAUAAAUUGUUAUGGAUGUUUAAAAGGCAGCUUGUACUUCUUGCUAUUGAUCUAAGCUCUGAAAAAGACAAGAUUUAUUUUCCGUUGCCCUCUCAUUUUAGUGAAAGGAGUGACAAACUCAGGAACGUGUUGCAGGAAAUUUUAUUCUAUUCACAUCACCCAUGUACUAUCACACUUAAUCUUUAAAAUGCAGGAGGAAACUAAAAUAUUUGGGCAAGAAGAUCUCUAGCAAUGAUGUCUCUAAAAUAGAUAAUGGAAGCAAGUAAUAGAUUUUUUACAAUCUAAGGGCAGUGGAGCUCCCUUAACCCUCCCCAAGGGGUGGAAAUACACAUACUCCUAUACCAUGACCAGGAUCCCAAGUGUGAGAAAAUGUGUUUUUCCUGAAAUCUGCAGUAUAAGAAUCAGCCUGCACAUUGCAAUAUGCCAUCAUAGGUGCCUUCAUAUAGGUGUCUCCAUGUGAGCUGGUCCCAUCACAGUGGAGAUAAGAGUCUAGAGACACUCAGCUAUCAAAUGCAAGUGUCCACCCAGGUUGAAUAAUUUUCCAGACCCCAUGGACAGCAUCAGCCAUUGACUCCAUUGACUCUGCUGGGAGCUCAGGCAGCAGCUCACAUGGAAACACCUACAGAUUGAUCUGAUUGAUUGCCUAAAGAUCGGUAUCUGCCAUGAUCUGAGACACCCAGGGGUGUCGGAGACAUCUACAUAGGGCUGGAAGCUACAACACAGGACCUAUGGGAGGUCUGUCCUCCUCUGCACUGAUAGCUGGAAGCCAAGCAGCUCGAUUUGUUUGUGCCCAGCCUGCAGAAUUACCCCCACGUGUAAACACCUACUGUAAGACAUGCCAAUAAGUGAGCCGGAUCCCAGCCCUAGAAGUCAUGAAGACUUGCAGAAUCUAUCACUCACCGCUAUAAAUGCAUUGUUGAAGAAACCUGAUAAAAAUAUUUCCUUCCACACUAAGACAAAAAAAUUUCUUAAGUUUAAAUUUAAGCAUGCUUUUUGGUUGCAAUGACAAAUAAAAAACAGUCAGUGGGGAUUUUAUGCACAAGUACUGUUCAGUGGCCAAAAAUGGCCCCUGUCUUAGACAAUUUAGACAGUAGACACAAAGCAAGGUUGAGAAGGUGUUCAAGGAGACAGUGAAACAGUACAGAUCUGUGUCUCAGUCACAGUCUUAACACUGCAGCUACCUACACAUUUUCUACAUUUGGGUUUUCUAUAGGAAUAACAGCAUGGCAGGGUAAAUAUGUGCUCACUCAGGCAGUAUAAAGGCAUGUGAGCAAGGACUUCAGGACUCUAGCAAGCACCAGCUCCACCAGUCAUUUCCAGGUCUCUAAUCCCAGAAUUAUUUUCUCCUCCAGUCUUUCUGCAGAAAAAAAUUCAGGGAAGAUAUUCCCUAACUAGAUUUCAUUUUCAAAGCUGUGGCAUUCACACCCAUACCAAAUAAGACCCUUUCUGUCAAGAGAUUCUAGAGGUGUCACCCCAACCAUAGGGAGGUCCAUGUGGGAGGAGGAUGCAGUCCAUGGCUGCAGGGCAAAGUGCUGCUGCAGAAAUGGUUUGGGCCUUUUGCAACAAACCGAAAGCGGUUCUUCUACCCUGCCAACAGCCUCCACCUUCCUCACAAAGCCCUUUCAACCACCCGACGUACCGCCAGGAGCCAGCAAUCCGACACCCAAGAAGUCAACAGGGACGAGGGCUCCCAGAUCAAUGCUCAGAGCCCACCGAUCCUCGGGGAGGCUCCCGGGGAGAUGUCACCGUAGGUGUCCCCAGGAAGCCUCCCACCUUCUCAGGGAAGCUGGUGGAGGCACCGCUACGAGCUGACGAGAAAGUUGAUUUCGCUCUGCAGGUCUGGGGCGGGAGGUGGGUAUCAGAAACACCCUGCUUCAGCGUUUCCAGACCAAAAUUCUCAGAAUUUCCAUUUCAAGGGGAAUUUGGAAACUCUUGGGGUUUUGUUGUGAUUCAGACUGAAACCACAUUUUGAAAUGACAAAAUUUCCUGUGCACGAGUAGCCCUGUUUUCCAGCUCACUCUGCUCAAAACUGAAGUUUUCUCUCUUCCAAUUUUUAGUGUUUUUGUACUGCUCAAACUCCCUCAAUCCUCGGUAAAGUUCUGAUUUAGGGCAGUGUAAGAGGAAAAUAAAACUGAAGGUUUUCAUACUCUCCUUUUUAGCCUUAAGUCACAGUGCACAGUAAAAUGAAGGUAAUUCUAUCUUCAUUUUAUGGAUUGGAAAUGGUGGCACUGAGGUGACUUUGUAAAGCAGUCUCAGUCCCAGUCCAGGGCUCCAAACAUUCAGAGUAAGAUCUCAAAGCCCAGGAGUAAAUUACUGUUUACCAUUUACGCAUGUAGCAGUUUGUUAAAACAAACCAUUCACUGAACUAAGAAAAUGUGAGCAGGUUACUCAGAUAUUAGAUUCAGGUAACAUAACCGGUGAAAGACAUGCGGUUGUGUAAUUUGUCAGAAACAGAGUGCAAAUUUACAUUAUAAGUACUUUACAGAAGCCAGCGUGAUACUUAGAAAGCAAACAUUAGUUCAUAGUAGGAGAACUGGCAACUUGGAUCUGAAAAUAUUAAUGUCACGGAUAUCACUAUGGCAUGUGAAAAAGCAAUAUCCUGAGAGUUGUGUAAAAUCAUACGGACACAGCAUGAAGCCUUUCAGCACGUGCAGUGUUAACUCAGUGCUAACUCUCUUCCCCAAUUUAAAAUUUUAUUAAUUCCUCCACAUCAGAUCUGAGAUCUCCAUUUUCCUUCCUGCUGAAGGUUUCCUCCAAGCCCAGUUUACAGCUGGUCUGGCAGAAGUUUUCCCCUUCCCCUUCUACUCAUUUGCUACCUGUACGCAAAUAUGUUCAAUGACCCAAUUGUUUUGAUGGUGCCAUUCCCCUUUUAUAAGCUCUCAACAGACUUUUCUGCUGUCUCAAACCUUCGGUUCAUAUAUUCAGGGCCCUUCUGUUUAUCCCACACUCUAGGAGUUGCCAACCAUGACUUUAGUCCUUUAAAUCAAGAAAAGGCACUAAAGAUCAGACAGAAGAUGCUGUAGAGAUGCAAAGAUUCAUUGUUCCUCCUUUUCACUGGCCAACAAUAACAUUUCACAUAUUUGGAUGAAGAAUCAGGAGGGAGAAUUGUUUUUCAAGUCUCCAGGCUUUCCAGCUUAUUUGGCGACCUUGCAACAAGGCAUAACAUGUGAAAAUAGAGAUGUUGUUUGUUUUUCAAUAAACUAAAGAUUCCUCUCUUCUAAUAGCUCCUGGCAAGAUAAAGCAGCUAGGUUAAUGGAGAUGAAUUUAUUUUUUUUUCCUUUUUGUAGAUUCACAUUUAACUGAAGAGAGGAAAUUCCCAGUGGGACCUCCUGUGAGACUCAGGAAGGACCCUCAUGGCUUUGAGCCUCAUUUCCCAGGAAAAAGCCCAUCCCUGCAGGGUGAGAUUAAAAGAUGUGUACUCUCCCUGGACAUCCAGCUAGGAGAUCAGCUUGGUAGUGCCACAAACAGCACGUGUUUCAUGCAGAACCACACACAGUACAUUUGCUGCCUACGUGAAAGAGAUGAUAGGCAAAUCCAAUAACUUCAGCGUGUCCAACGCAGCAGAUGGAGAUGGCAUCUCCUUUGCCCAGGAGAUGGCAAAGCCCCAGGAAGGUGCUCCCAGCCUGCCUUCCCCAUGUGGCAGUCAGAGAUGCUCCUGGAGAGCUUUACAAAUCAGCAUAUUGUAUUUACUCUCGCAAAAUGCUAUAGCUGCUCAAAAUCUGGAUGCAUCAAAGGAGUUUUGCCCAGCCGCUUUCUCAAGCAGAGGCCAGAUGAUGCCACGCUCUUGAUUUUCUUGCUUCCUUUUUUUGGGACAGGAUGUGACAACAUACUGUUCAGUUCAAGGAGUUUGAACCAUGGGUGUUUUUUGGAAAAAGACUAAGCAAACUGCAUGAUCCAGCCCUUUGCAGUGAAGUGAGCUCAGACAGUGGUAGGGCCCUCUGCGAGCUGCACACCCAUUCAAACAACCCCAGCGGGCGAUGCAACGAGCAAUAGGGCUAAUGGGGUUGAGCUCCCAGCAUCCCCUCACAGCUCCUGGGCAAAAUCAUUUUUCCUUUGUGUCUAAAAUCCCAGUGACUCACUAGUGCCCAGAGCUCUCCCCAAAGAUGGAUGGACACAGAACGGAUUGCAAAAUUACCUUCCCAUCUCAGUGCAGCUGUAAGUUCCCAGAGGACAGAGGAGCUUCCCACCCCACCAGGGACACACACAUGAUGCAUGGGGAGGCUCUGGGCUCACCAAAGGGCUGUAUCCCCAUUCCCCGUUCAUAGCCAGGGGCAGCAGAAACCAGAGUAAAUCACAGAUGAAAACUGCCUGGGAGGAUGUUCCUGGAGCUGGGGACUGUGGGGCUAGGGCAGUCCUCUGCUCAGCUCCAAGCCGGGGUGCUGCUUGAGGCACCUCUGAUAUCUGCUGGAAGGCAGCCUCCAAGCUAAGUCACUCUUUUUUUUUUUUUCAUAUUUAUUUUACACGCUUGCUGUGGAGGGGAGAGCACUUCUGGGUACUGCCAGGGGAAAAGGUCCUGGGGAGAGCCCAGGGAGAUGAUGGAGAGGUGACUCACGGGGGUGGUCAGGGAGUGGGGAUUCCAGCAGAGCCUGGGAAGCAGGGGUGGCAAGGCAUGGGACGGGCACUGGUGAGGAUGAGCGCGGUUUCAAGCCCCAGCUGGCGUGAGGAGUUGGUUGAGCGAGUCAGAGGAAGCCCCACGAGCAACCUCUGAGAAUUGGGCUGGAGGGGGGUGUAAAUGAUGUUCCUAUCUUGUCCUCCUAAAAACCAAAAUAUUCUCCUACCUCACUGAGAAACACAGCUGGCACAAGCGAGUGCUAUUGCUGCUCUCACCAUGGCAGCUGGAGAUGACAGGAGCAGAAGUCCAUCACUGCCCAGUGGUCUGUGGUGGGAUCCAGUUGCCUGCGCUCAGGUGUCCAGAGCCACUGGAGAUGCACUUGGGGAAAUUGCUUGGCCUCUGGCUGCUGGCCCAUGUGGGUACAAGUGUCCCCAGGAUCCUGCAGCAGAUUGGCCAGCCCCACUGGAUGUCUUACAUACAUCAGGGCAUCUCAAGCAGCCCAGGAUGCCUCUAUCUAUGAAGUUGAGCCACACCUGGAUCUCUGCUGGCUUCAGUCAGAGCGCAGACACCCAGCACACAUGGAGACACCUGCAUGGAGGUGUCUGACUCUGCACCUGAACCCUACCCCACGUUUCUGUGCAGCCUCCAAAGAGGUUUGUCCUGGCUGAGUGAUGAGACCCAGUAGGCUGAUGAACAGCUCCUGAGCUGAGAAGUUGAGGCUCAAGCUGGUAUCUCUGUCAGUGAGACAGUUUGUAUGAGCUGUUUGCACGGUGAUCCACUUUGUUCAUUCACAUUCAUAGGAAAAGUAACUGGAGUCUGAUGGUGACGCUUCUGUAGGU